UUAGAUCUAAAUAAUUAAAAAAAAAAACGGAUUCAAUAAAAUAGGGGAGAUUACUGUAAUGUAUUUUUCGUCAAUAAAAAUCGACUUGCACAUUUAUUUUAUAUUUUUAUAGGGUUUGCCAUGGAUCCAGAAGAAGUGGAAGGCGAUGAUUUUGAAGAUGGCCCAGAUGUAGAAGAUGAUGAGCCUUUAGAUGAACCAAUAGACAAUGACCAGGGAGACAGAAUAGAAAUUAUAACAGAUGGAGCAGUAGGACAAGUGGAGCCACAAAAAAGGAUCACAACAAAGUACAUGACCAAAUAUGAAAGAGCCAGGGUACUUGGGACACGAGCACUUCAGAUAGCGAUGUGUGCACCUGUUAUGGUGGAGUUGGAAGGUGAAACAGAUCCACUAGUGAUUGCAAUGAAAGAAUUAAAAGCCAGAAAAGUUCCAUUUAUCAUAAGACGUUAUUUACCUGAUGGCAGUUUUGAGGAUUGGGCUCUUGAUGAAUUAAUUAUUGAUUAACUUUGUUCUUUGUUUCAUGUCAUUCUAUUGUCCACAUUUUUAAAUAAACCUGCACAUUUUUGCUAUACAACUUUUAUCAAAACAUCUUUUGUCUAAACAUAAGCCAAGAAGCUUAAGGUUAUGAUUACAUACAGAUGUGUAACUCCUAAAUGUAGAUAAGAACAAACAAGCUGAGACUA